UCGAUCCAAGUUCAAACCUCAUUUCCCCAUAUGUUAAUGUCGCGUCUCAACGUCGUCUGAUUUUUUUUCCAGUUUUCGGGAAAUGUUUAUUAUUUAAUACGUUUUUUUCAGACAUGAGUACCGUCCUACCACAGAUCGAGCGGCUGUCCUCCAGAGUUGUGCGGAUUUUGGGAUGUAAUCCGGGACCAAUGACCCUGCAAGGGACCAACACCUAUUUGGUUGGCACCGGUAAAACGCGUGUAUUGAUUGACACAGGGGAGCCUGCUGUGCCCGAGUACAUCAGCAGUCUGAAACAGGCACUGAGCCAGUUCAGCACAGCCAUCCAGGAGAUCAUCGUCACCCACUGGCAUCAUGACCACACAGGCGGCGUCACAGAUAUCUGCCGGGACAUCACCGGUUCACAGGUCCAAGUCAGCAAGCUCCCUCGCUCAGACCGCGCCGAGGAAAAGCUUGGAGACAAGACGUAUACCUAUCUAAAGGACGGAGACAUCAUCCAGACUGAGGGGGCCACGCUGAAGGUCCUGUUCACACCAGGCCACACAGAUGACCACAUGGCCCUGAUCCUGGAGGAGGAGAAGACCAUCUUCUCUGGAGACUGCAUUCUGGGGGAGGGCACGGCCGUGUUCGAGGACCUCUAUGACUACAUGAAUUCAUUGCAGAGACUGCUGGACCACAGAGCCGACCUCAUAUACCCUGGUCACGGACCCGUUGUGCUCAGCGCGGCCUCUAAGAUCAGAGAAUACAUCAACCACAGGAAGCAGAGAGAGCAACAGAUCCUGUCCGUCAUCCAGGCCGCUGAUGGGCGGAGCCUCUCAUCCAUGGAGCUGGUCAAAGUUGUUUACAAGGAGACCCCCGAGCACCUACACAAAGCAGCAGAAGUGAACCUGACCCAUCACCUGAAAAAACUGGAGAGGGAGGAGAAGAUCACACUGGUAGGCGACUCCUCACACCUCAACCGAUGGAAGUGUAAACUCUGAUGUUGACUGAAACCCGACGAAAGCGUCGACUAGAUGGACUUGAUUUGACCAGGAUAGUGGAUAUUUGUUCACCUGUCAGAUUUCAAUAUUUCAUGCUAGAGUUACCAACAUUCCCUAUGCUCUGUAUGUAGAGUGCCUGUGAUUUGGCAACGAAAUCUGAUGACAGAGAAUGGAGGAUGUUGCUCUUACAUACUGGCCCCCGGCAGUUGAGCUUGGCUGCUUCAAGCCCUUCCAUUGAAUGUAUAAAACAUUACGGACCCUUUGCAGGGUUCUUCCUCAUCAUAUUCUUCAUAUAUCUUAUAAUUGCAUUAUAAUUCUGUUAUCUUCUUUCAGUGUUGUAUUCUGUAAAUUGUGUACACACAGCAUCCGUUGCACGUUGUCCAUCCUGGGGAGAGAUCCCUCCUCUGUUGCUCUCCCUGAGGUUUCGUCCUAUUUUUUCUCCCUGUUAAGAGUUUUUUUAGGGAGUUGUUCCUUAUCCAAUGCGAAGGUCUAAGGACAGGAUGUUGUAUUGCUGUAAAGCCCCCUGAGGCAAAUUUGUGAUAAUUGGUUAUACAAAUAAAAUUUACUUGA